AUGGUUCUCUUCAAAACUCCACAUCCGGACGUCCAAGUACCCGACGACAUCACGACUUGGGAAUGGGCGUUUGAGGACAAAGGUCAUUCCCCUCUUUAUGACGAGUCGUCCGGACCGCUGUGUGGUUACAUCAACGCCGACACGAAAGAAAGAUUGGAUUGGAGAGAGGUCAAGACCAAAGCCACGCAACUACACACGGCGUUGGUCAGAGAAUAUGGGUUUCGACCCGGUGACACCGUUUCGUUGUUCAGUACCAAUACGAUAUGGUACCCCGUCGCCAUGUGGGCGGUCGUCAGAGGUGGCGGUAGGGUCAAUGGUGCGAGUCCGGCUUACAACGUCGAAGAAAUGACCUACGCCCUCAAAGUGGCCAAGACCAAAAUCUUGUUGACCUUGCCGAAAAGUUUGGACGUUGCUUUGGCGGCGGCCAAAGAAGUCGGCGUCCCUGCCUCGAGCGUCUUACUUUUGGAAGGCAGGGUGGAUGGGUUUCGAAAUAUACAAGAUUUGAUGGAACGGUGUGAAGAGCAACAACAACAACAACAACAACAACAACAAGAACCUCCUUGGACCAUCCCCAAAGGAAUGACCAAUGCAGACGUCUGUGGUUAUUUGAACUUCAGUAGUGGUACCACGGGACUUCCCAAGGCUGUCAUGUUGAGCCAUCAGAACAUCAUCGCACAGUGUCACCAAUUGAAGCAGCUACAGGCCGCUGGACAGUAUAAGAUUCUGGCGGUGAUGCCACUAUUUCACAUCACCGGAGUGGUCCGUUUCUGUCAUUACCCGGUUUUCAUGAACGGCGACAGCGUCAUGUUGCCGGCAUUCACCAUGGAGGCCAUGCUCCGAGCCAUCUGCGAGUUUCAAAUCAAGGAACUGAUCCUGGUGCCACCCAUCAUCAUUCGGUUGGUGAGGGACAAGAUCGUGGACGCUUACGACCUUCGACACGUGGAGAGGUGGUCUUCCGGUUCGGCCCCCAUCUCUCCCGAGAUCAUAUCGCUGUUGCAGAAAAAGUUUCCCUGGACGGGAUUCAGACAAGGGUACGGGGCGACCGAGUCGACGGCCUGCAUCACCGCGCACCCUCCCUCUCACUACGACUACAGGUACGCGACGACGGGGGGCAUGUUGGUCGCCAACACGGUGGCCAAAGUCUUGGACCUGACGACGGGGAAAGAGCUGGGCCCGAACCAGACGGGCGAGAUAUGCGCCAGGGGCCCCCAGAUCGCCAUGGGUUACCUCGACAACCCGACCGCCACGGCCGAGACCUUUGAUCCCGAGGGCUUCUUCCACACGGGCGACGUGGGUCACUUUGACGACGAAGGGCUGGUGCACAUCGAAGACCGGAUCAAGGAGAUGAUCAAGGUCAAGGGGUUGCAGGUGCCCCCGGCCGAGUUGGAAGAUUUGUUGUUGGGUCACGACUUGGUCGAGGACUGUGCCGUGCUCGGCAUCGCCGACGACUACGCCGGUGAGAGGCCCAAGGCGUACGUCGUGCUGAGGAAGGGCGUCGAGCCGACCGAGGCCGUCGGGAGGACGCUGUUGAAAUUCGUCAAGGAGAAAAAGGUGAGGUACAAGUGGAUCGUCGAGGUCGAAUUCACCGACCAGGUGCCCAAGAGUCCGACCGGAAAACUGUUGAGGCGGAUCUUGAAGGUCAAGGAUAAAGAACCGGGAAGGAAAGCUGGAGUGAGGGUCAGAGAUGACGCUGAGAGGGCAAGGCUAUAG